GGACAAAGGUUCAGUAUAAACAGAGAAGAACCCGCACCUAACCUCACUGCCGUUUGUCAAUUUAUUUGGCAUCUAUUUUUUUUGCAAAUAAUCGCCUCGCACUCGUUUUGAAUUUUUGCAGGCGAGAUUUAAAAUCAAAACUCGCGAUAUGGAACUGCUAACGCAACACUUGAAGAAUGUAAAAAUUCCGUCCCAGCAGGAUAAAGUAUAUAAGGACGAAUGUGUAUUUUCAUUCGACAAUCCGGAAACUGAUACCGGUUUGUACGUUAGUUUGACCAACUUUUACGGAUUCGGCAGGGACCAUGUUGAGAGGCAUUUCGGAAAAACGGGUCAGGCGGUGUACCUCCAUCUUAGCAGGGAAAGACGCGAGGUGUCAUCGCCUCCGCAGGGUGACGGCCCCGAGAAAAAAAUCACCCGAUUGGCUAUAGGUGUAGUGGGUGGGUUUGAUCCCGAUGGGGGGAAGAAAAAAUUUGAUCUGAUUGAUCACUAUAAGGUAGUCGUUUUGCCCGGUUUCGUCAGUUUCGAUUGGCCCAACGAAGAUUUACCCGAAAUAGUAAAAUUAUCGGUAGAGGCCAUAAUUAGGUUGCCCUCCGCUAGCAAAGUGGCAGAACUGGAGGCGCUGAGUGGCACUUGGGAUGGUGAAGUUAGGAAGGUGUCCAAGCAUGCCGAAAAUUUAACUCAAUUAGAAAACGGAAAGAAAAUUCCACCAACAGGUUGGCAGUGCGAGAAGUGUGACAAAACUGAAAACCUGUGGUUAAAUUUGAGCGAUGGUUCAAUACUUUGCGGCCGCAAAUUCUUUGAUGGCUCAGGCGGUAACAAUCACGCUAUUGAGCGAUACACAGUCACAAACUUUCCAUUGGCCGUUAAACUUGGCACCAUCACGAAAGACGGCAAAGCGGACGUUUUUAGUUACGCCGAAGACGACAUGGUCGAAGACCCUUAUUUGAUUCAGCACCUCAGUCAUUGGGGUAUAAACAUAUCGAACAUGGAAAAAACCGAAAAGUCAAUGGUUGAACUGGAGCUGGAGCUCAACCAGAAAACAAACGAGUGGGCGGAGCUGCAAGAGAGCUCAGGCGCAUUGAAGCCUAUUUAUGGGCCUGGGUACACUGGUAUGGUCAACCUGGGCAACUCUUGCUACUUAAACAGCGCCAUGCAGAUGGUGUUUAGGGUGCCUAAUUUCAUCAACAAGUACUUUGAUGGCGGCCCCGGUAUUUUCCGUAAUGCGACCGGCAACCCUGCGGAAGACUUCAACGUCCAGAUGGCGAAACUCGGCCAUGGUCUCUUAUCGGGGAAGUACUCAGUGCCACCACCCCCAGGCUCGCCGAUUGACGCCGAUCCGCCCGGAAUAUGCCCGUCCAUGUUCAAAACGCUGAUCGGCAAAGGGCAUCAAGAGUUUUCGACCAAACGGCAACAGGACGUGCAAGAAUUCAUACUGCACCUCCUCACGCUGCUCGAACGCCACAACAAAAAUGGCGAGGAUCCGGGCGACUGCUUCCGGUUUGAGAUGGAGGAACGGUUUCAGUGCAGUCAGAGCAAAAAAGUCAAGUAUCUCACUCGUAGCGACGUCAUAUUGCCGUUGCUUAUACCCAUGGACGCGGCCGUGAACAAGGAAGAGGUCGCGGCGUAUGAGGCGAAACGCACUGACGACGGAAAGGGGCGGGAUCCGGUGGUACGACCCAAGAUAAAUUUCUUGUCGUGCUUAGAGUCGUUUACGCAAACGGAAAUCAUCAACAAUUUCUACAGUACUGCGGUGAACGAGAACGUACCGGCCAGGAAGACCACCCGACUGUCCACGUUCCCGGACUACCUCCUGAUCCAGCUUAAAAAAUUUAUGCUACGUGACGACUGGGUACCGAUUAAGCUCGACGUUUCGGUGGAAAUGCCCGACGAACUCGAUGCGUCGUGCCUGAGAGGUACGGGUCUCCGACCCGGCGAGGAAUUGCUCCCCGAACCGGACACCAAACCGCCCGCGCCUCAAUUGGACGAGCUGGUGCUAUCGAAGUUGGCGGAAAUGGGUUUCCCGCCGGAAUCGUGCAAACGGGCCGUGUUUUUUACGGGCAACGCGGGCCUGGAGGCGGCGACCGCUUGGAUCAUGGAACACAUCACCGAUUCCGAUUUCUCCGAUCCGUUCGUACCGCCCGGCACCGAGACGGGUCCCUCCUCUUUCACGCCGAAUCCCGAAGCCUUGGAAACCAUCGUAUCGAUGGGUUUCACCGGUGAUCAGGCCGCGAAAGCACUAAAAGCGACCGACAAUAACGUGGAAAGGGCGAUGGACUGGAUUUUCUCGCACCAGGGCGAGCUGGACAACGCGGGCUCGCCCUCGGGACCUCGCUUCAAAGAUGGCGACGGCAAGUACAAGUUGAUUGGGUUCAUCUCGCACAUGGGCACGUCGACCAUGGUGGGCCACUAUGUUGUGCACCUGCUUAAAGAUGAGCGUUGGGUCAUAUUCAACGACAGCAAGGUCGCGCUGUCUGAAAACCCCCCCAAAGACUUAGGUUAUGUUUAUUUGUACCAACGGAUGUAAGGAACGUUUUGUAAUUGUUUUUUAUACAAUCAAUAAAGAGCAUAGA